AGCUCCCAUCUUGGGCUAUGAAAAGGAUGUAGGGAACAGAAGUACCCAUCGUGUCGCGUACCCAGGAACUAUCAGACACCUGCAAAACGACACACACCUGAUUCUGAUACCAUUCAAGAUGACAACUCUAGAGUUGAUCAUGAGUGCUUUGACCACAGGCUCUAUGAAAAGCGCCCCUUUACCUGAGAUGGCCCAGAUUAAUGCAGACAAGUACAUCUAUGAUGUGUGGCUUGAACGCCAUGGGAAAUAUCCCUCCACCGGCUUCUUAACCUUGAUGUUGGCCAUCCACAUAUGUGAUGAGGUGAAUGUUUUUGGAUUUGGGGCAGCCAAGGACGGAAGCUGGCAGCAUUACUGGGAGAAAACCAAAUUAUCCCGUCGGAGGCCAACCGGAGUGCAUGCUGGAGACUAUGAGUCCAUGCUCAUGAAGCUGCUGGCCUGUAAAAACAAAUUGAAGUUGUUUGAAGGGAGAUGAGGGCUGUGAAAUGAACAGGACUGCCGAACGGCCUUAAAGGCUGAAGUGAGAGCAGCACUGGCUUCCGCAAUAUGGCAUAUAAACAAGUAAAACUAGAUAUAAAAUGUCAUGACAUACACAAGUAAAACUAGAUAUGACAUGUACACAAGUUAAACUAGAUAUGACAUGUCACAGUGUUGUACUCUGUGUUGCUAGCCACUAGGUAUCACUAUAUUGUUUUUGUCUCACUGCUUAAUUGUCUUGUUGUACGCACCUGUUGUUAGUCUUGUGAUUAGUGUUGCCCAUUGUCUCCUGUAUAUAGCCCGGUCCUUUUCACUUAGUCUUUGUUGAGUCUUCACCUUAACCCUCCGUGAAUAACCCUGUCUGAUUCUGUCUACCUAUACCUUGUUUGGAUAUUCUGUGUUUGACCCUGGAAUGUUUAUACACUACGAGACUGGAUUGCCCUUUGUGUUUUGGCUACCUUUUGGAGUUUUUUAGUUCACCCUUUUUGGAAGUUCUUUGUUGUUUUUGACCUUAUGGAAUUUUGGAAAAUCCUCUGUUUUGGUUUUUGUUUCGUAAAUCUUCUGUGCUUUUGGAACUUUGUUUUUUGUUCAAAUAAAUAAUUGGAUUAUA